AUGGGAAGAAGUUUGAAAGAUAUAGUUGGAAUGCCAUUGCYGAAUUUUACAUUGUUGCRAGAAUCAAAAAAUCGGUUGAUUGAURAAGAACUUGAUUAUGAUCGUCAUCAAUUGAAGAAUCUGCAUGACCAAUCAUUUGACACUCUAAAUUCUUGUCAGAAAAAGGCAUAUGAAGCAAUUGUUCUUUCUGUGCAAUCCCAAAAGGGAGAAUUGUUUUUCAUUCACGGUCAUGGUGGUACCGGGAAAACCUUUCUGUGGAAUACAAUCAUUGCUAAGUUUAGAUCAGAAGCAAAAAUAGUUUUGCCUAUUGCAACUUCGGGGAUUGCAGCUUUAUUAUUGCCUAACGGCAGAAUGGCACAUUCUCGCUUUCAUAUCCCGAUCAAUAUCACAGCAGAAUCAACUUGUGAGAUUCGACAUGGUACAACGUUGGCAGAACUUCUCAUGAGAACCUCUUUGAUCAUUUGGGAUGAAGCACCAAUGGCACAUAAAUUUUGUUUUGAAGCUUUAGACAGAAGUUUAGGAGAUAUAUUUAGAACAAGAUUUCCCAAUAGCAAUGAAAAACCUUUUGGUGGACUUACUGUUGUUUGUGGUGCGGAUUUUCGUCAAAUUUUGCCCGUUGUUCCAAAAGGAACUAAAGGUGAUAUCAUUGAUGCUUCUUUCAAUUCAUCCUACUUAUGGCCAUAUUUCAACGUUCUUAGUCUUAACCAAAAUAUGAGGCUAUAUGCUGGAGAUAUACCAGAAUCUGAAGCUUGUAAAAUAUAUUCUUUUGACAAGUGGUUGUUUCAGCUAGGAGAUGGUUCUCUAUACGAUGACAUUCAAAGAGAGUUAAUCAAACUUCCAUCUGAUAUCUCCCUAAACCAAUGA